AUGGGUGCUGUGAUGCGCAUAUUGAGGUAUCUGAAAGUAACUCCUGGAAAGGGGUUAAUGUUUUGCAAGUAUGGUCAUACAUAUGUGGAAGGGUAUACGGAUGCUGAUUGGGCUGGUUCAGUCACUGAUAGACGUUCUAUGUCUAGGUAUUUGACAUUUGUUGGUGGUAAUCUUGUUACUUGGAUGAGUAAAAAGCAAAAAGUGGUGUCUAGGUCUAGUGCCGAGGCCGAGUACCGUGGGAUGGCUCAAGGUGUGUGUAAGUUACUAUGGUUGAGAAGAUUGUUGAGAGAUCUUGGGUUUGGACCCUAG